UUUGCUACUUUCAAAGUAUCAAAAUCGCGUGGUACUCGCGGCGAAGUAUGACAAAUCACGGUUCUCGCUGUCCAAGGCAAAUGUUUCUACUGAUGCAGGGUUUGAGGAACAAUAAAUACGCACCUGUUAGUAUGUUCCGUAACCUCCCUAUCAAAACGAAAAUGGUGGUCGACAUGGAGUUGCAAGAAGCUAAGGAUGCUGUUCUUCAACUAAUGAAGGAUAAAGACAAAAUUGAAUCUGAUCUAAAAACGUUAAAGGAAAUCUUAAACUGCAAUCAUGUCGGUAUGGAUGAAUUAUUGGUGGACGCUGAAGGAUAUCCAAGACAAGAUAUCGACGUUUAUCAAGUGAGACAUACGAGGCACAAGAUAAUAUGUCUUUCAAAUGAUCACAAAGCAUUAAUGAAGAAAAUAGAGGAAGGAUUAUACAAAGUUCAUGCUUUAUCGGGAACAAGCCAAACACAACAGCCUGUAUCCAAUAUACUUCACAGUGAAGAGACAGAAAUGUUAGAGCCCUUCCUCAAAGUAAAUUUAGUCUCACCUGAUUCACCAGCGGAAAAUGCAGGAAUUCAAGUUGAUGAUCUCAUAUUAGAAUUUGGUUCUAUUCAUUGUCGGAACUUCAAAUCUCUAGCCGACAUUGGAAAAUUAGUAGAAAACAGCAGAUAUAAAACAGUCAAUGUAAAAAUCAAACGCGGCUCCAAUACUAUAAUUCUGCCAUUAACUCCACGUCCUUGGGUUGGCAAAGGCCUUUUGGGUUGUAAUGUAAUAUCUUUAGAAGUAGUUGAGAGAUAAAGUUAUAUUGGAAAAAAUAUUUAAAGCUAUGAACUAUUUUUAUGUGUAUCUUAUUUAAUAAAUAUAUCUUUAUAAAU